UCAAAAAGCCGUCUGAUAUAUAUCCCUCUCCACCAACCGUUUCAUUUCUCAGUCUACGCAUUUGAUAUGGAGAACGAGAAGAUUCAGAUCAUGGACCCCUUAAGAGAUACAAGCAAAGGAGGGCAGGACAUUGAAGCUAGGCACUCUAAGACUAAAGAUCAUAUUGCGAAAGCAUUGCAGGAUUGCAUGGUCAUCUCUUUUCCAGACUGGAAACGCAAUAUUUCUAGCUGGCAGCAUGAGUUCCCAACAAAUAUUCCAGCAACUGCUAACAGGAUUGAUACUGCUUUCCACGUUCUGCAUAUCAUGAGAAAUUGGGAUGCAAAAUGCUUAGUCAAUCCAGUCUCUAGUGACUCUCGAGAUUUGCGGAAGGUCUUCCUUGCCAACCUCCUGUCAUUCACAAGUAAUGAGGCCAUACUCCCAGAAAGUGUCAACUACUACAUCAAAGCACUCAGGAGGAACUGAUACCACAUCCCGCAACGGCGAAUAAUAAAUAGGCCGACUGAAUAGACAAAUUUUCAAUUUCAAUAUGUAGUGAAUUACGUACUACCUUUUUUGUUUCUGAGAAAACAUACUACAUUUGAUGGAAUAUUCUACCUUUUCUAUAUAUGGGGCUUAUCUCAAUUGUCACCCGCUACAUCAAAGCACUCGGGAGGAAUUUAUACCACAUCCCUCAGCUACGAGUAAU